CACAUGACAUCAGCCCGCUCAUUCUCUCUGGACAUAGCUCUGUACAGGUUUUGUCUUCACCUAGUAUUUAGUCUCCCACAUACACACGGUUGGGUUAUUUUUCUAUUUAAUUGCUAUGCUAUUCUUUUGCAACUUCACUCUAAUUAUAUCUGAACUGGCUCACUGAACUAUUCAUACACAAAAUAGAGAGAAAUUGGCAAAUGGAAAAUUGGCAGCAGUCAGACCGUCCUUAUAUAGCAGUGCUGGAGAGUGUACCUGCACUGUGCCUUUGACUUCAAGAUGGACAGUAUUAUUCUUAAUCCUGUCCUGCCUGAUCACACAGCCAUGCUGGACGAAGCACAGUUGGAUAUACUGGGUCAGCGGUUGGGAAAGAAGUCCCGGUCGGUUUGGGAGAGGGUGAAGGCAGAAUGCUGGUGUUCUGGUCCCAGGCUGAAGAGCUGUAUGUUGUCAUCUGUUCCUGUCCUCUCCUGGCUGCCCCGCUACUCCCUCAGAGACAACGCCAUCAGAGACCUGAUUUCGGGCGUCAGUGUGGGUAUCAUGCACCUACCCGGAGGCCUGUCUAAUGCGUUGCUGGCCGGGGUACCGCCCGUGUUUGGUCUCUACACCUCUUUCUAUCCGUUGGUCAUCUACUUCAUCUUUGGGACGUCCAGACACCUCUCAGUGGGUACUUUCGCCAUUCUUUCUAUCAUGAUUGGGACUGUGACGGGUAACGUGGAGUUGCUUAGCAACGGCGUCGAGGAGCGGGAGGGCGACAGAGAGAUGGCUCGAGUGUGUGUGGCAGUACAACUUACCUUCCUUUGUGGCCUUAUACAGAUAGUGUUGUUCUUGAUGAGAGGAGGGGAUGUGUGUCGCUGGCUGUCUCAGCCCCUGGUAAGUGGCUAUACCACGGCGGCGGCCCUUCAUAUCACCAUCUACCAGCUGCCUCUACUCUUUGGCAUCUCAACCAACAGACACAGCGGUUUCCUGGCUGUAGGCUGGACGCUGGUUGAUGUGCUGUCUAGAGUGACUAACGCAACGCCUGGGACGCUGGUUGUCUCCGCCGUCUCCAUGGUGAUCCUGGUGGGAGGAAAGAUGCUGAAUAGACUCUUCAAGACCAAGCUACCCAUACCCAUUCCAUGGGAGCUGGUGCUGAUAACUCUGUCCACCUUCCUGUCAGUGCAGUUGGAGUUGUCAGGACAACAUAGUGUCCAGGUAGUAGGACACAUACCCACGGGCCUGUCUCCCCCAGCCCUCCCCUCUCUAGCCCAGGCCAAAGAGCUGUUUGGUCCUGCUCUGUCCCUGGCUGUGGUGGGCUUUGGCUUUACCUCCUCCAUGGGCAGAAUGUUUGCACACAAACAUGAUUACGCCAUAGACAGCAACCAGUGGUCUCCCUGCUGUAGGACCUGUUUGGCGAUAGGCCUCUGCAACACAAUUGGAGGGAUGUUCCACUGUUUUGCCGUCAGCGGUUCUUUGUCACGCAGUACGGUCCAAGAAAGUAUUGGGGUGAAAACUCAGGCGGCUGGCCUUCUCUCUGCUCUGAUGAUGCUCACCAUCUUGCUGAAGAUUGGACAUCUCUUUGAGCAGCUGCCAAUAGCAGUGUUAGCAGUGGUCAUUGUGGUAAAUCUGCAAGGGAUUCUGGGUCAGUUUCGGGAAGUCCCAGUGCUCUGGGCAUCUGACCGUUUGGACCUGCUGGUGUGGGUGUUCACCCUGAUCUUCACCCUGAUUUUCAACCUGGAUCUUGGCCUGGCUGCUGCUCUGGCCCUCUCUCUGAUCACUGUCGUCUACAGGACUCAACUCUCCCACAGUGCAGUGCUGGGUCAUAUUCCUGGGACGGACUGCUACAGGGACCUACGUCUCUAUGCUGAGGCCAGUCCGAUCCCUGGAGUUUCUGUAUUCUCCUGCUCCAACCCUCUGUACUUUGCAAAUGCUGAGCUGUUCUUCAGCUCUCUCAGAAAGUCUGUGCAGCGUGUCCAACUGGAGAAUGCAGCCCUCAUUGAGAACCAGCCCUUACCUCAAAUGUCAGGCGCAAGGCACUGUCUGGUGCUAGAGUUUAGCUCAGUCCUCUUCAUGGACUCUAUGUCAAUCAAAGCACUAUGUAAGGUUGUGGGGGAAUUGAAGGAGCAGGGGGUCAGUGUGUUUCUGGCUGCUUGCCCAGACAGGCUGGUGAUCAAGCUGCAGGCCCAGGGCUUCGUCCCAAACACUCUGCCCAGGUCCUGCCUCUUCCCGUCAGUGCACCACGCUGUCCAACACUGCCAGAUAUCGCCUCCCCUGGCUGUGAAUAUGUUCACUCUUUCUAUAUGCGUUGCUACUGGCAUUGCUACCUCGUGUCCUAUGUCUCCCAGUGUGUCUGUUAGAAUUAGUCUGUCUGCUUUGUGAUUGUUGUCUACCUCUGCAUCGAUGUUGUUCUUUUGCUCCUACAGGACCACAACACAGAGCUGAGUGAGUGUUGAUGUGCAGCCUGCAGCUCAUGGAGGGGAUGGGAAAAUGCCACUGUGGAAUUCCUGCCUCAAUCAGAAUAUGCAGUAGACUGAACUCCCAGCUCAAGCUGGCGUCGGCGAUAGGACUAUGAAAAUGCUUUCCUUUGAGCUCCAUCGCCAACGCUGUGGUUCAACGUCUUCUUUUGAGCUAUGAAAAGACAGCAGAGGGAUUGGAGCCAGCCGGAGUCCGUCCAUCUGUCUGUCUGCCUCUGUCGGUCUGUCUGUCUGCCUCUGUGUGCCUGUCUUCCAAUCUCUAAAACAUGUCCAGGUCUAACCCCCCCUGCUCCAUGAUUAGAGGUGUCUGUGUGGGUUUAAUGGUUGGGUGUCUCUCCUGCACCUCCUCCAAUGAGAGCAGACACUCAUAGGAAAUGGGUGAGCUCGGCUGAUGUCAAUCAAAUCAAAUUGUUUAGGUCACAUGCGCCAAAUACAACAGCUGUAGACCUUACAGUGAAAUGCUUGCUUA